AUGACAGCAGCCACCUCAAAUGGCGCCUCCUCUUACCCGCCAUCCACACCUGCCAACAGCUCUCGCGCUGUCAACGAUAUAACACCGUCGAAUAUAACCGUAAAACGGCUGCUAGGGUCACGCGGCAUCGCAUCUCUGACCAUCGACACAGGCCCCCUCUCUGGUCAAAGUACAACUCAGAAUGGUUCUGCUCCCACCACAGUAGGGACAUCGACAGCCUCGACAAAGCCACCGCGAGGCGCAAAGAGGGGUAGAUGGCACACACUCGAGUUCAGAUUUUACUACCUCGUCUUCGCCAUCGCUGUCCCUCUCAUGGUCUGGGUCCCUGUCCGAUUAAGCACCCCAUCCAACCCCAACUUCUACUCCUACUCGGGCCACCUCAAACCAGGCUGGAUCGCAGGUCGACUACGAGAUGACAGCGACUUUCAAUACCGAUCUUUCAGAGACUACGUCCCAGCAUUAAUAUGCAUCAUGGGUCUCUACCUCCUUAUUUCAAAAAUCUUCACCUUACUACCCUCCUCCGCAUCUGCAAGAUAUACCCGCCUCGAAGGCUCAUCAUCCCUUCAACCACAGGUGAAGACGAACCGCAUACCCUUCCUCACCGUCUUUACCUCGGCCUUUGUCUUUGCUCUUCACGGCACCAACUCUCUCAAACUCCUGCUUAUCCUGGUCACCAACUAUGCCCUGGCGAAAACACUGGGCGGGAGGAGGAUAGCGCCUGGGGUAGCCUUCGCGUUUAACAUUGGCACACUCUUUGCUGUGCACUGGAACGAUGGUUUCGAGUAUAGCAAGAUCUCUCCAGCAUUGGAGUUCUUGGAAGCGUUUAAAGGCUUGCUCCCGCGCUGGCAGAUCAACUUUAACAUUACCAUGCUCCGACUCGUUUCGUUUGCCUUGGACUACCACUGGGCGAAAGCAGAAGCAAAUGCUGGAGGGCAGGCAGGAAGAGCAAUGUCCGAGGUGACACACGAACCUCGUGAAGCCACUUAUCAAGAACGUACCCGUCUUACACGCCAUCUCGAAGAAUACAACCUUUCCAGCUACCUUUUCUACGUUCUCUAUCCCGCUUUAUUUAUCGCUGGUCCGAUAAUGACGUUUAACGACUUUACGCAUCAACUCGAACGGCCAACCCGAAUCGACACCCGCACUGUGGUUCGCUAUGCAAUCCGGUUCGUCAUCUCGCUGUUCACCAUGGAGUUGAUACUGCACUUUAUCUACGUAAACGCAAUCAAAGACACCAAGGCAUGGACCGGAGCAACACCCCUCGAACUGUCCAUGAUCGGAUUUUGGAACCUCAUCAUUGUCUGGUUGAAACUCCUAAUCCCUUGGCGAUUCUUUCGUCUCUGGGCAAUGGCUGACGGAGUCGAAGCCCCCGAAAACAUGGUUAGGUGCAUGGCGAACAACUACUCCACCCUCGGAUUCUGGCGCAGUUGGCAUAGGAGCUACAAUCUUUGGAUCGUACGCUACAUCUACGUCCCACUUGGUGGAGCGAAAAACCAGAUCCCAUCCACUUUGCUGGUAUUCACCUUUGUCGCACUUUGGCACGAUCUUUCGCUAAAGCUGCUGGCUUGGGGAUGGUUGAUUACGUUUUUCAUCGUACCCGAAGUCAUAGCCCGCAAAACACUGCCGUAUAAGGAGUACGGCAAUCGAUGGUGGUUCAGACACAUAGCAGCGAUAGGAGGAGUGGGGAAUGUGUUGAUGAUGACGACGGGGAAUCUGGUUGGGUUUGCGAUCGGGACUGAUGGAAUCAAGUAUAUGCUAGAACAGCUUUUGGGAGAUUGGGAAGGGCUGAAGUUUAUGUUUGGUGCCUGUGCGACACUUUUUGUCGGGGUUCAGGUCAUGUUUGAGUACAGAGAGGAGGAGGCGAGACGGGGGAUUGACAGAAAGUGUUAG